GGCUAAGACAGGUUGUCUUGUGGAAAUGCAGGUUUAAGGACAAGUUAUCUGCUUAAGGUAGAAGAUGGGAUCAAAUAGCAGCAGAAUCAGCGAUCUUCCUAAAAAUGAAUACUUGAAAAAGUUAUCAGGCACGGAAUCUGUCUCUGAGAAUGACCCGUUCUGGAAUCAGCUUCUCUCGUUUUCUUUCCCUGCACCAACUAGCAGUACUGAGUUGAAACUCUUGGAGGAAGCAACCAUUUCAGUCUGCAGGUCGUUAGUUGAAAACAAUCCUCGAACAGGAAAUCUUGGUGCACUGAUUAAGGUCUUCCUUUCUAGAACCAAAGAACUAAAACUCUCAGCAGAAUGUCAGAACCACAUCUUCAUUUGGCAGACACACAAUGCUUUGUUUAUUAUUUGCUGUUUGCUGAAAGUGUUCAUCUGUCAGAUGUCGGAAGAGGAAUUACAACUUCAUUUUACUUAUGAAGAAAAAUCUCCUGGCAAUUACAGUUCUGACUCAGAAGAUCUUUUGGAAGAAUUGCUGUGCUGUUUGAUGCAGUUAAUCACUGAUAUUCCACUCUUAGAUAUUACAUAUGAAAUAUCAGUAGAAGCUAUAUCAACAAUGGUUGUUUUCCUUUCCUGCCAGCUCUUCCACAAAGAAGUUUUGCGACAGAGCAUCAGCCACAAGUAUUUGAUGCGAGGUCCAUGUCUUCCAUACACCAGCAAACUUGUGAAGACCUUAUUAUAUAACUUUAUCAGACAAGAAAAGCCACCUCCUCCAGGAACCCAUGUUUUCCCUCAGCAGUCGGAUGGGGGAGGACUGCUUUAUGGACUUGCAUCAGGAGUAGCAACAGGACUCUGGACUGUCUUCACGCUAGGUGGUGUGGGCAGCAAAGCGACUGCCUCUCCAGAGCUUUCUUCCCCUCUGGCCAACCAGAGUCUCCUGCUUCUGCUGGUGUUGGCCAAUCUGACAGAUGCCUCAGAUGCGCCAAACCCCUACAGACAAGCCAUUAUGUCCUUCAAGAACACACAAGAUAGCAGUCCUUUCCCCUCAUCAAUUCCACAUGCCUUCCAGAUCAACUUUAAUAGUUUGUACACAGCUCUUUGUGAACAGCAGACAUCUGAUCAAGCAACUCUCCUCUUGUAUACCUUGCUUCAUCAAAAUAGUAAUAUUAGAACAUACAUGUUGGCUCGCACAGACAUGGAAAAUCUUGUUUUGCCUAUUCUUGAGAUUCUGUAUCAUGUUGAAGAAAGGAAUUCACACCAUGUGUAUAUGGCCCUUAUAAUAUUGUUGAUCCUUACGGAAGAUGAUGGCUUCAACAGAUCCAUUCAUGAAGUGAUACUAAAAAAUAUUACUUGGUAUUCAGAACGAGUUUUAACUGAAAUCUCCUUGGGGAGUCUCCUGAUCCUGGUCGUAAUAAGAACCAUUCAAUACAACAUGACUAGGACAAGAGACAAGUACCUUCACACGAAUUGUUUGGCAGCUUUAGCAAAUAUGUCGGCGCAGUUUCGUUCUCUCCAUCAGUAUGCUGCCCAGAGGAUCAUCAGUUUAUUUUCUUUGCUGUCUAAAAAACACAACAAAGUUCUGGAACAAGCCACACAGUCCUUGAGAGGUUCGCUGAGUUCUAAUGAUGUUCCUCUACCAGAUUAUGCACAAGACCUAAAUGUCAUUGAAGAAGUGAUUCGAAUGAUGUUAGAGAUCAUCAACUCCUGCCUGACAAAUUCCCUUCACCACAACCCAAACUUGGUAUACGCCCUGCUCUACAAACGCGAUCUCUUCGAACAAUUUCGAACUCAUCCUUCAUUUCAGGAUAUAAUGCAAAAUAUUGAUCUGGUGAUCACAUUCUUUAGCUCAAGGUUGCUGCAAGCUGGAGCUGAGCUGUCAGUGGAACGGGUCCUGGAAAUCAUUAAGCAAGGCGUCAUUGCGCUGCCCAAAGACAGACUGAAGAAAUUUCCAGAAUUGAAAUUCAAAUAUGUGGAAGAGGAGCAGCCUGAGGAGUUUUUUAUCCCCUACGUCUGGUCUCUUGUCUACAACUCAGCAGUCGGCCUGUACUGGAACCCACAGGACAUCCAGCUGUUCACCAUGGAUUCCGACUGAGGGCAGGAUGCGCUCCCACCCGGACCCCUCCAGCCAAGCAGCCCUUCAAGUUGUUUUAUUUCUGGGUAACAGAAGUAGACAGACAGAUUACUUGGUGUAUCUUCUGUUAAAGAGGAUUGCACAAGUGUGUUUUCCUCACACACUUUGAUUUGGAGAAUUGGUGCCAGUUGGCAAUAGAUCACUCAGCGUAGAUAGUAGUGCAAAAAGGGGAGGAAAUACACAACUAUAAUAAAUGUAAAAACCUGUUAUUCAA